GAUGCCCAACACAAAAAUUUCUUUGCGAAUGGCGACGUUGUGGUGAAGAGACGGGGGACCUCCAAUCGUCCAGUUCACCGACAUAUGUUCAUGUUCAAUGGUGUUGCAAACCUUGCAACUGAGAUAGCUUUUUCAGUACGGAGAACGUUUGACUUACUCAUCCAGACGACCUGUUGCUGGUCACGUCGGACCGACAAAAUCCCGACUCCUUGGGACGGUCUGAGACCUCCCAAGGAAACCUCCCCCAGAUCUAUGUAAUGUGUGGCAAAAAGGGUCUGGGUCGUAGCCCUUCAUUCAUCGUGGAGCUAUCGUGGAAUCGCGCAAGAUCGUGGAGUUCCAGCUACGUGAACUCUGAACUGUUCCGCCACGUCCCCAACCUUUGCUUCCUACCUCGCUGUUCAACCUCUUCUUGCAUCCACCUUAGCCCAUUCGCAUUCUUACAACUUUACAUAGUUCUUUCCCCUUCGCUCUCGUAUAACCUUACUCCCUUCUUUCUCGCAACAAUGAUUAAGUUCCACCCCACAGCAGAGAUCUCACCCCCAGAAAAGCCUUGUGGCUUAUGCAUGGCCCGCGGUGGCCAUGCAAGCUUUCAACCCCCCCUCGUUGUAUAUGUUACUAUCCACAAAACGAUAACAUAUAGCAAUGAGGAAUCGCCACCGCCUACCGACCUUCCGUCCCGUUGUGCUACGAGGAACGAUAUGUCCGGCAAAGGUGGCGGAAUGUUGUCUUCACACGUCAGCCGACAGAGUGAAGACAUCACCCCCAUACAAGGUGGCAGUGGACACACUCCUCCGACGGAGAGUAUUGAUUGGAUCCCGACCAUGUUCUGCGGUGAAGAGAGUGGUGGCUCACCAUUUGCUACCCCUCAGUCCAGCGUGGUCUAGAUCUUAGAUCACUUUCCGCCGCGAACGGACAAGCGUACUUACCGAAUAUCUUGUAAAAGCCUGAAUUUCUUCUGAGGGCACAUUCAUACUCCACUCCUACUUCUCGAAUACCCUUUUCUGUUCUCGCUCCCUUCUCUGUUUCGUAUCGUUUGCUGUCGUACUGUGUCUCCCUUCCUGUCCUGCUGUCGUCAUGUAAAAAGGGUGCUUUCAAUUCUUGACGGACUGAUGUUAGGAUCCUCGUCGCUCGUUUUUCUCCGCUCCUUACGCUUGAAUACAAUUUCGCUUUCUCCCCAAUUCCUGCUAGUGCGUGUAGUACUAAAGU